AUGCAGGCGGCUAGGAUGCGGCCGAGGAACGCGGAGUACGGGCACAUGAAGCCGCUGGGUGUCCUUCCCAUCCAGCUCGCCCUGUUGCGCCUGGAGCUGCAGCAGCUGCUCCACCUCGAGUCCUUCCCGCUCAAUGCCCUGCUGGAGAGCGUCGGAAGGCAGAGCUGGACGUGGGUGGUGCCUUUUGCCUCCUCGUUCGACUGGCUCAGCAGCAAGCUAGGCCUUCCCACCUCCUCCUCGGAUGGUUUUCCGUCUUUCAAGGCCCCGCCAGCCUGGUCAGGGGAAUCUGCUUCCAAGUUGAAGGGCAGAAGGCAAGAAGGGGAGGAGAAGAACGAGGAGGAAGAGGAGGAGGGGGAUUUGACUUUUGUUCUCUUCGCUACCCUGGUCGGGUUUAUUGUUGGGCUUGCGAUCGCCGCCAUCCUCCGCUAG